GGAGAUAAUUCAGUUAAUUUAUUUUAAUAAAACCAGAUGGCAGUGUAUACAAAUAUGAUGGCGGACGACAGCGGGAAACUUCACACAGGAACACUGAAAAGAUGCCCAGCGUCACCUACUCGUGAUAACGAACAACUUUGCAAAGUACGUCGAGGAAACAACAACAAGAUGAUCAAUGUAGGAGUAGAGACUGGCGAGUUGUCAGUUAGAACUAUUUCAGACUCUUGUUCAAUGAAUGUAAAGGGUGUAAAUACAGUCUCAAUUUCUUUACAGAACUCUAAAGAUGAAAGUAAUGUUAGCAAUGAACAUGACAAACACUUAACUUCUCUCCCACAGACUCAGGAAACAACUUCUACUGAUUGCAGUAACUUAGUUUUGUCAAAAUGUCAUUCUUCUAAAUACCAUUGUUCGGCUGAGUCAACAAACUACAAAAUCUCUCCUAGUAGGACAGUGUUUUCUCAACAGGAACCAGAAGUAAUUGUAGCAAGUAAAGUCAUUAGUCUUACUCAAGACACAUCAGAACAAAAGCAGGACUCUGAAGUUCAUUCAGAACAUACAAAUGGAGUACCAUCUCCAGAGGAUUCGUUACACAUUCUUAAUUUACCAAGCAGUAUCCUUCUAGAAAUCUUUAAGUACCUCACUAUUCCUGAACGAAUACAUUCGGUUGAAUUAGUUUGUAAAAAAUGGUAUGAACUAGCUAAAGAUCCAUCAUUGUGGAGACAUAUCAAUUUUCAGGACUUUGGUCACAAGACUCUGUCAGAUGAAAUUCUUGACAAAAUCACCUCCUACAGCAAUCAUGUGGUUCAUUUAGAUAUCUCAAAUACAAUGGGAUUUUCCCCUGAAGGGAUCUCAAGUGUUCUUAAAAAUGUCGAUGGUUAUCAUUUUUAUCUCUGUUUCAUAGGGGUUCAAAAAUGCUGUUCUCUUCCUGAUUCAACCAUUCAACUGAUAGCAGAAAAUCAACAUGAUCUUGAGCAAUUAUACCUUGAUGAUUGUUUCUGUGUAACCAAUCCCACUAUCGUAAAGAUAUUUCAUAACUGUCCGCGUAUCACACAUCUCAGCUUUGGUUGGCAUUUAAAUGCUGAAACUGUCGACACUAUGGCCAACUACUGUACACGUCUGAAAUUAAUUAACUUAUCUCAUUGUGAUGCUGUUGACUCCCUUGCUAGGAUGUUACAGAAUUGUAAACAACUUGAAAAUGUCAAUCUUUCUGACUGCCCUCUCACAGACAGCCAUCUAGUCAACUUGUGUCAUUUACCCAAUUUGAAGCAUGUUUAUUUAAAUUCUGUCAACAUGUCAUCAACCACAGCCAAAGAAGUUGCCAAACAUUGUUUGAAACUACAAACACUGUCCCUUUGUUUUAAUGAUUGUGUUGAUGACGACUGCAUAACAGCUGUGGUGCAGAAUGCUCGCAAUCUCAGGAUUCUAAAGUGUAUACGUUGCAACAUUACUGACAAAGCCCUCAUAGCUAUUGCCAAGCAUAGCAGUAAACUGGAACAACUUGAUGUCAGUUUCUGUAGCAACAUUACCAAUAAAGGAGUAAACUUUGUGUCUGAAAACUGUACCCAACUUUACUUUCUUGGUCUGUUUUCAUGUGAAAAAGUGGAGUCAACUUUCCUAUUUCAAUUACAGAAGGACUACCCUCAUAUUCGUAUUUAUUGCUUUGAACUGGAAUACAAGAGCCUCAUAGAACGAGUUAAUGAAGAAGAUCGUUUAUGAUGGACAUUACCUAAAGUGAACACUAAUCAUGUUGAUUUGCCAUUACCUGUGAUAUAUUAAAAACUGUGUAUUUAUUUUUUUUU